AUGGAUUUGCCUGGACCAAUACAUGAUUUUCUUUUAGUUUUUCUGGGAUCAGGUCUUAUAGUAGGAGGUCUAGGAGUGGUGUUAUUUACUAAUCCAAUUUAUUCUGCCUUUUCGUUGGGAUUGGUUCUUGUUUGUAUAUCCUUAUUUUAUAUUCCAUCAAACUCCCAUUUUGUAGCGGCCGCACAACUCCUUAUUUACGUGGGAGCUAUAAAUGUUUUAAUCAUAUUUGCUGUAAUGUUCAUGAAUGGUUCAGAAUAUUACAAAGAUUUGAACCUUUGGACUGUUGGUGAUGGGAUUACUUCGUUGGUUUGUACAAGUAUUUUUGUUUCACUAAUUAGUACUAUUCUAGAUACGUCUUGGUACGGGAUUAUUUGGACGACAAAAUCAAAUCAGAUUAUAGAGCAAGAUUUGAUAAGUAAUAGUCAACAAAUUGGAAUUCAUUUAUCAACCGAUUUUUUUCUUCCAUUUGAACUCAUUUCGAUAAUACUUUUAGUUGCUUUAAUAGGUGCAAUUGCUAUUGCUCGGCAAUGA